UGAGCCUGAGCCGCACCGGAGCACCGCACCGCCCCGCAGCACCGGAGCCGAGGAGGAGGAGGAGAGCAGAGGAGGGGCCCAGCAUCACUCAACAGUUUGCCCGCUCUGCUCUGGAGCACGUCCGCCCGCCGGAGCAGCUUCACCUGCGGACACCAGCGCCGGGCUGCGGCUCACAAGAUUUGCUUUCCUCCGCACUGACCUCAUCAUGCUCUGACCGUACUCAAGAAUCCACUUCCAGUCUGACUUGUGCGUGUGGCGGCGUGGGCGGUCCCUUAUAGCUCCGGAGCCUAGACCAGAGCACCAUGGGAGGAGUGGCGCUGGACGACGGGGGCCCGGCGGUCAAGGCCCCGGACGGAGGUUGGGGCUGGGCGGUGCUGCUGGGCUGCUUCGUCAUCACGGGCUUCUCCUACGCCUUCCCCAAAGCCGUCAGCGUCUUCUUCAAGGAGCUGAUCCGCGAGUUCGGCGUGGGCUACAGCGACACGGCCUGGGUCUCCUCCAUCCUGCUGGCCAUGCUCUACGGCACAGGCCCCCUCUGCAGCGUCCUGGUGAACCGCUUCGGCUGCCGGCCCGUCAUGAUGGUGGGCGGCCUCUUCGCCUCGCUGGGCAUGGUCCUGGCAUCGUUCGCCACCAGCAUCAUCCACAUCUACCUGUGCACCGGGGUCAUCACAGGUCUGGGUCUGGCCCUGAACUUCCAGCCGUCUCUGAUCAUGCUGAAUCGUUACUUUAGUGAGAAGCGUCCCCUGGCUAACGGCCUGUCUGCGGCGGGCAGCCCUGUGGCCCUGUGCUGCCUCUCUCCUCUGGGGCAGGUGCUGCAGUACAAGUACGGCUGGAGGGGGGGCUUCCUCAUCCUCGGGGGGCUCCUGCUAAACUGCUGUGUGUGUGCGGCCGUCAUGAGGCCCCUGGUGGCCCCCAAGAGCCAGCAGAGGGACACGGAGGUCCCUGGAGAAGGGGACGGGGCCGACAAGAAGAAGAAGCCCAAAGCCAAGCUGCUGGACUUCUCCGUGUUCAAAGACUGUGGCUUUCUCAUCUACACCGUGGCUGCCUCCAUCAUGGUGCUGGGGCUGUUCGUGCCUCCGGUCUUUGUGGUGAGCUACGCUAAAGAGCUGGGCUACGAGGACACCAAGUCCGCCCUGCUGCUCACCAUCCUGGGCUUCAUCGACAUCUUUGCGCGGCCCACCUGCGGAGUGAUCGCCGGGCUCAAGUGGGUGCGGCCGCGCUGUGUCUACCUCUUCAGCUUCGCCAUGCUCUUCAACGGGGUCACUGACCUCAUUGGCUCACAGGCGUCGGACUACACGACCCUGGUGUUCUUCUGUAUCUUCUUCGGGAUCUCGUACGGGAUGGUGGGCGCGCUGCAGUUCGAGGUGCUCAUGGCCAUCGUGGGCACAGAGAAGUUCUCCAGCGCCAUCGGCCUGGUGCUGCUCAUGGAGGCCAUCGCCGUGCUGAUCGGGCCCCCUGGUGCAGGUCGCCUCCUGGACCACACCAAGAAGUACAUGUACGUGUUUCUGCUGGCGGGCAGCGAGGUGUGCCUGUCCGCCAUCGUCCUCUUCACCUGCAACUUACUCUGCAUCAAAACCAAAGCGCCGGCGGAGGAGGAGGAGCGGGACCACGAGGGGAGCCCCGAGAGCGUGGCCAUGACCGCCGACCACAAGGCGGUGGGCGGCGCGGCGGAGCAGGCUCACGGGGACCAGGAGGGGGACAGGAUGCUGCAGGGGACGGGAGCCAGGCCCGACAGCGCCGCCGUGGACUCGCAGGAGGUGGAGAGGUUCCUCAAAGAGCCCGAGAAUAACGGAGGCCUGUCCCCCAGCCCCGAGACCUGCCUGUAGAGGAGACGCACACUCAUGGGUUAAAGCUGCACCGCGUAACUUUUCUUUUAGAAGGUUCUCGACCUGUUUGUCUCCAUGCAGAUGCUGUAAUCUCGUUAUCAUGUCAUUUUUGGACCUUUUAAGACAAUUCCAAACGAGUCCACCGUGUUUUUAAAGGUAUUAACACACUUGUAACCGAACACAUUUCAAGAUAGAUAAGUUUAAAACCGUACUGCGGAACUUUCCAAAGUACUAACAUCAUGGAGACAAGCAGGCGGCGACCCCUCCGUCAGAAAAGUGACGUAGUGCAGUUUUAAUAGGAGCUGGUGGCGUAGAGACAGGGCUGCACACCGUCGCCGUACAUGUUCCUCCGUCGUCUCGUAAGAGCUCAAAACGCUUCGGGCCACAGCUCUGUGUCAUUAGGUGGUGAUAUAAGAACUGCCCUCGCACGGUUAUAUACACCUUUAACAGCUAGAGCUACUGCUAUUAGCCUUAUUUAAACCGCUUCACUUACACUUAGCGCCGCAGUGGGCAGUGGCUUUGACCAUUUUCAAAUACUCCUCACGAGCAGCAGCAGUAGACAGAGUAAUGCUUCUAACACUCGCCGCGAAACCACAGCCGCACAUCACCGCGAGGACGGCCACUCCGCAGAUCUAGCACGUGCACCGGCUCUGUGUUUGUGAAUUAGAACGACCGUCAGACUCGAGCGGGCGCGUUUAGUCACUUGUAACAGGUCUACGGUGAAACGAAAGGAUGAAAUAGACUUGUAUUUACUGUCUACACUAACGCCAGCAUGACAAAAGUACUUUUCAAAGCACAAACGAACAGGCUCAGGGUGCACUCACUUUAGACUUUAGAAUCAUGCCCAAGCGCGGGUCGCCCCUAAAGCGCGGAACAUUUAUCCAGUGUGAGCGCAAUCGAGCAGGCAAUUGAGACUUUGGUCCGGUUGGAGUUGGCUGAUUAGGGAUGGGCAUUUGAAUAAUUUUUUUAAUCGAUCGUCGGGAGAAUUAACGAUCGAUCAUCAUUAUUAUUACUAUCUGCACUACUAAUCUGCAUAAAUAAACUCAACUUUACGACAUAUAAACCGUAAACACUCUAGAGCCACAUCAGCUCGUUUGACAUUAUAAUGUGUUUAAUGCAGAUUUGCGCAACUCUCACAGAAACGAAACUUAAAACCGCAUCGCUAAUUUGCAUAAACUAAGCGAAGAAAAAAAACUGCUGUUGUGCGCUGAUGCGGCAUGACUCAGUGAAAUACAGGUUAGUGUGGCCAUAUUUGCGUUUGUCAAAAUCAGGACACCGUACGGGGGGCGGGAGGUGGGGACUCGUUGAGCGACUCUCACCUGGCAAAGCUUUUUCAUGUUUUCGGCGUCCUGGUGAGCUUUGUCCCACUGGACACCGAAACAUAUGUGCCUGAUUUGUACACUGUGCACAUGGACUCACACUUGUCCCGACCGCAACGGAAAGAGUGAAUUUUCUCGUACAAGUCAUCGUUAAAUAUGCAGUUGCGCUUCGGCACGUUGCAGACUGACCGACUGUUUGUGUCUCGCUCCUUCUGAGUGCAGAGAGACACAUGUACAGACCCCUGUUUGGUCACCCUACGCUACGCACAGCAACCUACAUUCGGUUUGUCGAUUAAAAUGAACGUAUUCGAUGAAAUUCUUAAUGAUCAAUUAGUAGUCAUGCCCAUCCCUAGCGCUGAUGUUACUCAUGCGAUAAAAACAGUGAAUAAAGUCCAUUCUACAGGACACAGUGAAUCCGUGCUCACCUUCAUUAAGGACUGUGACGGAGACAGACGUUUUGCAGCUUCAUCUCCUCCUAUCCUCACUCCUUCACACUAUUUUUAAUCUCCAUAAACUCACAGAGGAGCGCGUAUCACAGCGGGACUCAUAUCUGCCACACUAUUUAAUACAUAUUUCUGCCGCUGGACUUAUUUUCUCCGUUAAAGCGUUAGCUCUGCUGCGUGACAUGUAAACAUUUCGGUUAAAUGGAUCGGUUGUGCAGGUGUGAGCGCAGAACAUAGAACCAUACGCAAUCGUACUUGACCACGGCACUGUUCUAAAGUCCUAGUGUGAGUGCGCCCUAACAUAAAUAAUACAUAAUUGUAAUAGAAAAUACGCUGAAAUUGCACAAAAAAACAACAAAUGCAUGCUCUCUAUGUAUUUUCAAGCGUCGUCCAGUGUUUAAAAAUAGGCUGGAUUAUCAUGGUACUAUUACUCCAUACACACGCCUAGAGGACAGUGUGGCCCUCUCUUUUAAUGCAGUUUAUAUCCCCAAAAUGUGCAUUAUUACACGUGUGUGAGGUGAAACACGUGUGCAGUGUGUCCUAGUCCUUAGGGGCACUUUACCCGAUUUUUACUGUCCUAAAAACUUGAACAGAAGCCGUUCUUUUUAAACAGGUUUCAGUGGUCCAAAGUUUUUCCUCUCACUUACCUUAUGCGUUCAGAGCGUCCUAAUUAUUCACCAAGAUGAGUUUAUCAGGACUUUUUGGGAUCAUUUUUAGAGGCAGAGUUUCACCAUCACGAUAAUGUUAACAACCACUAUCAAGCUAACCGUGCACAUCCUGAUUCUCGGAAAAGAAAACAUUAUAAUUAAACACGACAGCACACAGCGGACUUAUUUUGACCUCAAGAGCUGCUUGUACAAUCUCUCUGUACUUGCUCAAACACAUGAGGAAAACAUGUCCAGACCGUUUAAUCAAAUCUAAACCAGGGCUGGAUAUAAAUCUGUGUAUCAUUUGUUCAUUCGUUUUUCAAUAUAAAACCAGAAAUAAGAAAACGAAAAAAACAACAAUUUUCUUCAUUAUUUGUCUCCAAAACUAAAAUGAAACUAGAAAAGCACUCAGAGAGCACAGACCUCCGCCAAGGACUACAGUCCCCCUCAUAUUAAUUGUGUUUUCCAUAAAUAUUUGUCUCGUAUCUUUCAAUUUGGAAUAUGAAAGAGGAUCCCACUGUCCAUCCCUGAGUCAAAUUUCAUGGGGUUUGGUCAAUAAUUAACCGAGAUAUUGAGAAACAAGAUUUUGGCCCCAUUUACCACAAUGUUAACUAAAAUUUCAAAGUGAGCCAGAAUCCAGGAUUUCUUCCGGAUCACCCCCAAAAUGAAAUCAGUUCUUCCUUUUCACAUUUCCAACAAAUCCUGAAAAUUUCAUCAAAAUCGGUCCAUAACUUUUUGAGUUAUGUUAACAGCAAACAACAAACAAACAAACAAACAAACAGACAAACAAACAAACAGACAAACAAACAAACAAACAAACAGACAAACGCCGGCAAAAACAUAACCUCCUUGGUGGAGGUAAAUAUGGAUAACAAUUUUCAUUUUUUGAUUUUGUGUUUAAAUGAAUAAUGGAAAAAAUGGAUAAAGGCCAUUUCCCGUUUCCGUGACUUAAACUGAGAUUUUGGACUGAACCAGGACUGAAAUAGGUCUAAACCAGCUCUAAACCAGCUCUAAACCAGCUCUAAACCGGUCUCAGUCCUAGUCUCAAUCCCGGUCCUGGUCCAGUCCCGUCUCAGUCCUAAACUAGGACUAAACCAGGACUAAACCAGAACUGAAACAGGACUGAACCAGGAGUGUCUGGACUGUCGGGUGAUCAGGAAACCGGGACCAAACUUGGACCAGACCGGGACUCAGACCGAGACCAAACCGAGACUUGUUUUAGUCUUGGUUCAGUCCUGUUUUAGACCUGGUUCUGUCCUGUUUUAGUCCUAUUUUAGUCCUGUUUU